AUGACGCGCAUGCCUGGCAUCGUGUGGAAACCGGCGCACGUAACAGGCGCGUUGGUGCUCGCGUCGUCCUUCAUCGAUGCGUCCUUCAUCGCGUCUGUCGUGCGCUGUCUCCUCUUUCUGUCCCUGGUCCUCUCAGGUCUCGACAUGGCUCUCACGCGCUACCAUCUCUGGCGCUUUGAACCCACUAUUCCCACCCCCCAGCGCUUUGCACUCGUCACAGGCGCGUCCAGCGGACUCGGCAAAGAGAUGAGCUUCUUGCUGUGUGAGAAAAAGUACUCGCUGGUCUUGGCGGCACGCACCGCGUCAGCGCUCGAGCGAAUGCGCGCCGAGAUGGAGCUCGUCCAUCGUCCGACGCAAGUGCUCGUGUGCGUCUGUGACUUGUCAACGGCCGACGGGAUCGACACGUUGAUUGCGUUUAUUAGGGACCGCGAGCUGGUGAUUGACAUUCUCGUGAACAAUGCGGCCGCGUGUCUCACCAAGGACUUUGUCGCACUUACCGAGACGGACGUCCAGGAGCUCGUGGUGCUGGAUGUACAGGCCAUGGUGAAGCUCUCGCACGCGAUUGUCCCGCAGAUGAUCCAACGCAAAGUCGGGCGGGUGCUUAAUAUUAGCUCCAUGGCAGGAGUCGCAGCAGUGCCGACUGCUGCGCUCUAUAGCAGCAGCAAAGCGUUUGUGACGAGUUUCAGUCAAGCGCUGAGCUACGAAGUGCGCGCGACGGGCGUCACGGUCACGUGUAUGUGUCCUGGACCGCUCCUGACACCGAACUUUUGCAAGACGGCUAAUUUGGGCAAGGCAGCGUGCAUGACGUUGCCGGGAAUUGCUGCAGAGGCCAAGGACACGGCCAAGAUUGCAUUGGACGCUAUGUUUAAUGGUGAAGUGCUCGUCUACGAUACGUGGUUUGCCUACUUGUCGGCCAAUCUCGUGCAGUGCGUCAUGCCGCGUCGUCUCGCUGCGUGUAUCUGUGGCGCUGGCAUGCAUGAGCUGAAGAAUAUCUGGCAGAUGAUCAAAAGAUGA